AUGAACUCCAUCAGUGAAGCAACUACCAAAUUUGCCCUUGACUUUUUCAAAGUAUUGAACAAAGAUCAUCCAUCUGACAAUAUCAUCUAUUCUCCUCUGAGUAUCUCAGCUGCCCUGGGCAUGGUCCUUCUUGGGGCCAGAGGCAAUACUGCCACCCAGAUAGAAAAGGCACUUCACUUCCUUGAAUUUGCAGAACAUGAAAAUCCAGGAAGAGGAAGCUCUUCUGAAGCAACAAGAAGUGAUGACAAUUCAGAGAGAAGUCACAGAUGACCUCUUCAUCCCCGGCUGCUGGUUCCUGAUAAUCAGUGUGAUAUACCUGGAGGGAUUCAUUCCCAGUUUCAUGACAUCAUCUCAGCAAUCAACAAACCCACUGCUUCUUAUGAGCUGGCUAUUGCCAACAGACUGUAUGGAGAAAAGACAUUCAAUUUUCUUCAGCAAUACCUAUCCUGCAUACAAAAGUUAUACCAGGCAGAAUUGGAACCAGUUGAUUUUCAGAAUGCUGCAGAGGAAACCAGAGAACAGAUAAAUUUGUGGGUUGAAACCUUUACAAAUGGUAAAAUCAAGGAUCUCUUUGCCCCGGGCACUCUUGCUGCUCAGACUACGUUAGUUCUCGUGAAUGCUGUCUACUUCAAAGGGAAAUGGGAAGUGGAAUUUAAGAAAGAAAACACAGAAGAAAGACCUUUUCGGAUUAACGAGACUACAAGCAUACCUGUGCAGAUGAUGUACCAUAAGGGCGAGUAUAAAAUAGCUACAAUAGAGGAGCAUAAUUGUCAGGUGCUUGAACUCCCAUACAAGGAUGGUGACCUGAGUAUGUAUAUACUGCUGCCAAAAGACUAUACGGGUCUAACACAGCUGGAAAAGGAACUUACCUAUGAGAAAUUAACAACUUGGAUCAGCCCCUAUUAUAUGAAAGAAGAUGAAGUGGAGGUGUCUCUUCCUCAGUUCAAAAUUGAGACAGAAGCUCAACUCAACCAAUAUUUAGAAGCUUUAGGAAUAACUGAUGUGUUUAACCAUGAAUCAGAUUUAUCUGGAAUAGCAAAAGCAGGUGGCCUGUCUGUCAGUGGAGCUGUCCAUAAAGCUUAUAUAGAGGUCAAUGAAGAGGGCACUGAGGCAGCAGCUGCAACUGGAAUUGGCAUAGGUGUGACCUCAGUCAGACCACAAGUAGAGUUUGUGGCUGAUCACCCUUUCCUCUUCAUUAUCAGACACCAAAAAACUGAAAGCAUUCUCUUCUAUGGUAGAUUCUCUUCCCCUUAA